UUCAAUUUGUUGUGUUUUGCAAACCACAGUUCAAUGUUUAGAAAUUAACAAAUAUUAUAAAAUUAUUAAAAAACAAUGAACGAAAAUGAAGAUCCAUUUGGCAUGAUAUGUCGAGCGUGUAUGAGUAAAGAUCAAAUAUUUCAUUCAAUUUUAGAAAGUGUAGAUGGUAACAAAUUGCGGAUUUUUGAGAUGCUUGGAACGACGACACCCCAAAUAUUUAUUCAGAUUAAUGCUGCAGAUAAACUACCAAAGAUUAUUUGUAACACGUGUUUAAAUAAACUAAAUAUAACAUAUAAUUUUCAACAAAUGGUGAUAACUUCGGAGAAGCGUAUGCGAUCUCUGCUUUAUGUCGAGCCGAAUGCAGGCUUACAAAAAAUGCAUUCAUUGGAAGACCCUCUAGUUGAAAAAGAAUUAUUUCACGUAUCAAACAAUUCACUAAAGCAGGGAAUUAUAAGCGAAGAUAAUUAUUUCGAGUUCUCAAAUUUCAUUAAAAAGGAGGAAGUGUCAGAAGGAAGUCAUGAUUUAACAAAUUUCGUAUCUGAAUGGACUCACCAAAGUGAAGAACAUGAACAAAAUAUAUUAAAAGUUGACAAACCAAAUAAACCUCAAAGCACGGAAAUUUGGAGCGCACUACCUGAUGAGGAGUACAGCGAAGAAAUUGAAAAACCUGAUGAACGUAAUAGACGUAACGCACAACAUCCUUGCUUAGAAUGUGGUAAGAUUUUCGACCGUCCAUAUCGCGUUAGGCGUCAUAUGGCAGUUCAUUCAAAGGAACGUCAAUUCGAGUGUAAAAUAUGCAAAUAUCGAUUUUCAAAAGAAAUUCAAUUAACAGCGCAUAUUAUAUCACACAGCGAUAAUUUGGAAUCAAGAAAACGUAGAUCGCCGGAAGGAUAUAAGUGUCAAGAUUGUCCACGCCGAUUUGAAAAACAUGAAUCACUUUCGGCCCACCGGCAAUGUCAUAAGAAGAUCGAAGAAACUGAUAAAAUGUUUCAAUGUGAUGUAUGUCAGGAAAGAUUUGAAAAGUUAUCACUCCUUACCAAUCAUAUGCAAAAGCACCCAGAUUGUCCUAAGUAUAAGUGCCACAUAUGUGAUAAAAUUUUCUAUGUGAACGCAUUGCAUAUUGAACAUCUAAAUAAACAUGGAAUUCAAAAAAAACAUGUUUGUGUUUACUGUAAUAAAGCUUUCCUCCAAAAUAGUACACUUAAAGAACAUAUAAGAGUACAUACUGGUGAAAAACCUUAUUUAUGCCCUCAAUGCGGAAAAGCUUUUCAAAACGGUAGUAAUCUGCGUCAACACUUACUAAGACACUCUAAUGAAAAAAAGUAUCAAUGUCCAGAAUGUCCUAGUAAAUUUGCGUGCCAAUCAGAUAGAAUAAAACACAUGUCUAUGCACCGAAAUAUCAAACCUCAUAAAUGUGAUAUAUGUGGCUCAAGUUUUACUCGAUCUUACACUCUUGCAAAACAUAAGCGCAUACAUUCUGGAGAGCGACCGCACAAAUGUGAUCAAUGUAGUAUGACAUUUGUGUUUAUUGAUCACAUGAGACGACACAUGCGAACUCAUACCGGCGAAAAGCCCUACAAGUGCAAAUUUUGUGAUCGUGCUUAUGCUGAAAGUGGAGAUUUAAACAAACACAUGAGAACACAUGUAGGUGAAAAAACUUAUAUGUGCAACCAGUGUCCAGAAGCGUUUAAGUACCAAGCAGAAUUACGAGAGCACCAAAUAAGUCACUAUAAAGAGAAACAAAUAAAUUCUGAAAUUUCCAUGUAAUCAAUUAAGAACGGAACUUUUUAAUAUAUUCGAAAGUUUUUAUUGUUGUUUAUUGUCAUAUAUGUUUUUUGCUUAUAUUAGAUAUUACCAAGGAUUGAUAGUCGCUGUGUGGGAGUUGUAUAUUAAUUGCCACACCUGACACAAAAGCCUGCGCCAUGUUUUUAAAAAUGAGUUCCUUAUAGUUUUACUAAUAGAGCCCAUAAUCUAUUAAACCAUAUAUGAUAUCAAUCAGCAACGUCUUCGUUGAGGUUAUUAUGUAAAGAUGUAAUUAAGGAAGGAAUUGAAAAUAAGAUUUUAUAG